AUGCGAUUGCUAGGCGGGUUCUCUGUUUUCUUCAAUGAAAGAGAUAAGCAAGCGUUUCUGGCGGCCGGAGUUGAUGUGUUCACUGAGAAAAUGGAAGACAAAACAAAGGACUUUCAUGUGAUCAAUGGCACCGGCUUUCCUUCAGCAUAUGACGGGGCUAACUCGGGCAAUGGAGGACGACCAAAUCCUAAGCGAUUUCCAUUUAAUGACAUUGUUCUGAGGAACAGGUUGACUGCUCUUGUCGUCGACGGUGUCGAUUUUUGCCGAGUAGUGGAGCAGGGAAUUCUUCGAGCUUGUGGACUCGAAACUCAAGGUGUCGACAACGGUGAUGCUGCUGUUGAGCUCAUUGCUUCGAGUGCUAAAUUCGACCUCAUUGUCAUCGGCAAUAAAUUGUUUUAUGGCUUUAUGCUUCUUCAUCUGUUUUUAUGGCAGGCUACGAGACGAAUUCGUGCAAUGGGGACGCGAUGCAAGAUGGUUGGGGUCUCUGCUUUCUUCAGUGAAAGAGGUAAGCAAGCGUUUUUGGCAGCCGGAGUCGAUGUGUACUCGGAGAAGCCUAUGUCUGCCGAGAUUCUUGUUUCCAUCCUGAGGGAACUAGACGGACACUACCCGAGUAUCUAACAAAUGGAAGACAAAACAAAGGACUUUCAUGUAGUUGUUGUUGG